CCAUGCUUCUUCAAGCCUUUACAGAAUUCGUACAAGGACAGGGGAAGAACUCACUGGGCCAAUGAUGACCAGAAACCUAGUCAUGUCACUUGAACAGUGUAUAUGAAAGAACCACUCUUUUAAACAUUGCAAUUACCUUACGCCGUCCUUCAGCUAGUGACUGCAAGGUUUUGUAAAGCCACUUGAAGCUUUUCGAUUUCACCAUGGUGGUCAUGAAGAGCUACUGUGGGGCGGAGGCCUCUAUUGCACAGACGUGGUUGGAGGGAGGCCUGUCCCCGUGCUUCUACUUCACCCUGGUCCCCUCAGUGCUCCUCACCCUCUCCUUCUUCUUCGGCACCUUCCACUGCAUGUGCUACCAGCGCUAUGGCACGGACAUGGAGCCCAAGUUUGUCCCCCGCUCACGCCUCUACCGUGUACAGCUGGGGCUGUCGGCGCUGCUUCUCCUCCAAGCUUUAGGGGGGAUGGCGUACCAACUGGCCCAGGCGUCAGGGGAGGUGCCUGGGUACGUGGUUCUGUACGGGUGCCUCACGAUGGUGGGAUGGGCCUGGGCCAUAGCCCUGCUGAGACUGGAGAGGAGGAGGGUGCUGGUAAGGGACCGGACCAGGGGACACAGCACCGUGUUGCUGAUGUACUGGGCCGUGGCGUUUGCCGCAGAGAACCUGGCCUUCAUCUCCUGGACCAGCCCUUACUGGUGGUGGGGCUUGGAUGGACAGAAGCACCAGGUGGAGUUUGCACUUUGGCUGAUUCGCUACACAGGAUGUGGGGCUCUCUUCUUCCUGGGCCUCAAGGCUCCAGGGUUGCCUAGGAGACCAUACAUGCUCCUCAUCAACGAGGACGAGAGGGAUGUGGAGCAUGGGCAGUCUCUGCUGGGAAACCAAGCGGAGAACCAGUCCACGUGGAAGGACUUCCGUAAGAAGGUUCGCCUGCUGGUGCCCUACAUGUGGCCGCGGGGCAGUGCCUUGCUGCAACUGCUGGUGUUGCUCUGUCUCGGCCUGCUGGGCGCAGACCGUGUCAUCAACGUCUUUGUGCCCAUAUGCUACAAAAACAUCGUGAACGAGUUGACUGAUCAGGCUGCAUGGCAAUCGUUGGCCGCCACAGUUUGUCUCUAUUGCUUCUUAAAGUUCCUCCAGGGUGGAGGAGCAGGGGCGUCUGGCUUCGUGAGCAACAUGCGUUCCUUUCUGUGGAUAAAGGUGCAGCAGUACACCAACCGGCAGGUGCAGGUGAACCUCUUCGGCCACCUGCACUCGCUCUCGCUGCGCUGGCACCUGGGACGCCGCACGGGCGACGUGCUGCGCAGCAUCGACCGCGGCACCUCCUCCAUCAACAGCCUGCUCAGCUACAUAGUGUUCAGCAUCUUCCCCACCAUAGCUGACAUCGUCAUCGCCAUCGUGUACUUCACCUCCUUCUUCAACGCCUGGUUCGGACUCAUCGUCUUUGUCUGCAUGGUCCUUUACCUCACUCUUACCAUCAUCAUCACAGAGUGGAGGACCAAGUACCGUAGAGACAUGAACACCCAAGACAAUAAUGCUAAGUCGAAGGCUGUGGAUUCGCUCCUCAACUUCGAGACGGUGAAAUACUACAACGCAGAAAGCUACGAGGUGAAUCGGUUUGAGGAUGCGAUCAUCAAGUAUCAGGCAUCUGAAUGGAAGACCAGUGCCUCCCUGGCGCUCCUCAACCAGACCCAGAACAUCAUCAUUGGGGGUGGACUGCUGGCCGGGUCCCUGCUCUGUGCCUACUUUGUGACUGAGGGCAAGUUUAAGGUUGGAGAUUAUGUUCUCUUCGGGACUUACAUCAUCCAGCUCUACACACCCCUCAACUGGUUUGGAACUUACUACAGAAUGAUCCAGAACUCCUUCAUUGACAUGGAGAGCAUGUUCAAACUUUUCACUGAAGAACAAGAGGUGACAGAUGAUGUAAACGCGGGCAACCUCCUGUUUAAGCUGGGCAAGGUGGAGUUUGAAAACGUCUACUUCAGCUACGUGGACGGCAAGGAGAUUCUGAGGGAUGUCUCCUUCACGGUGCUGCCAGGCCAGACUGUUGCUCUGGUCGGCCAAUCAGGUUCUGGCAAGAGCACCAUCAUGCGCCUUCUCUUCCGUUUCUAUGACGUGAACGGCGGCUGUAUCCGUAUCGACGGUCAGGAUAUCGCCAAGGUGAAGCAGUCCUCUCUGCGUGCCCACAUCGGGGUGGUGCCUCAGGACACGGUGCUGUUCAACGAUAACAUCCGCGACAACAUCCGCUACGGCCGCAUCUCCGCCAGCGACCAGGAGGUGGAGGAGGCCGCCAUGGCCGCCGACAUCCACGACAAAAUCCUGGCCUUCGCCGAAGGAUAUGAGACUCAAGUGGGGGAGAGGGGACUGAAGCUCAGUGGUGGGGAGAAGCAGAGGGUGGCCAUUGCCCGGACCAUUCUCAAAGCUCCCCAGAUCGUCCUCUUGGACGAGGCCACAUCUGCCCUGGACACACAAACCGAGCGCAACAUUCAAGCUUCACUAGCCAAAGUGUGCGUGAACAGGACCACCAUUGUAAUAGCACACAGGCUGUCCACCAUCAUCGGAGCUGACCAAAUUUUAGUUGUCAGUAACGGACAGAUUGCUGAGCGAGGAAGGCACGAGGAGCUGUUGGUUAAAGGUGGUCUGUAUUCCGACAUGUGGCUGAGGCAGCAGCAGGCUCAAGACUCUGACUCGGCCUCAGACACAGAAGCCAAGGACAAAAGCUCAGAAAAAAAACUACAGGCCCCAUCAGCCACCGGGGCACCACAACACCAUCACCAUGGUCACUAGGCAGUGAGGUGAUGAUGAGCACAGGAUUUCUAGGUUUGGCUACAAAGACACUGCAGACAGGACACAAGGAGAUACUCAAUGUUGUACAUUAAGCAAUUACCAGGGCCCCUCUCCCCGUCAAUAUAGUACAAAUAGUUGCUAGGACAUUUUUAGUACAUUUUUUCAAAAAGGAGGGAAACACUAACCAACAUUGAAGUUGAGUUGUAAUUUGCUUUAUUUAUUAUUAUUUCAAGCUGUUGGGUAUGCUUGACAACAGAAAGGGGAAAUAAUACUUCUCUAAAUUGUGCACCUUCUUGUUGUUCCCAUAACAGCUCUCUUGUGUUUUCGUGUCUUUAAGCUCAGGUUAGUGUUCAUAUUGACAAAUGUUCAAAGGGAACGUCUCGCAAAGAUAUGCUGACACCUUCACUUGCUUAUCUUACUUUAACAGGUAAUUGCAUCACAAUCUUAGUUUUGUGAGCAAUACAGAUUUCUUAGCCUACAAUUAAUUUGACCUGUUGAAUGUAUUUUAGCAUCAUGUUAUUUUAAAUUUGAGUCAACAAACUUGUUGUACCUAUAUGUGUGGGAAAUGUCUAUUACCUUAUUUUAAAUUGUUUGGUCAUUUUAGUGUAUUUUAAUCAAUUGUAUGUGUCACUUUUAUUUAAAAAGCAAUACGUAUAGCGUACUGAAAUAUCUUGACACACGUGGGCUUUAGGAACAGGUGUGAUGUUUCGAUCAUCAUACACAAAGUACUGUAGACCUUAUGUAGAUUAUGCGAGUAUGUCGAGCUCUGUUUGUUGAUCUGGUUAGGGGAAAGGGCUGAAAAAGGUCACAUUUGUGAAUGGGCAGCAUCAAUUCCGUAAAUAAACUACUAAAAAACACACUGUUGGUCUUUUGGAGACCAAUGAGGGGGGAAAAUGCCAUAUUUUGUGUUAUAAGUAAAGGAGUGAGACUUUAAAGCUGCCAGCUUUGCUGGUGUAGUCUUGUAAAGAACAUGUUCAGAGAUGUUAAAUUGCCUGAAAACUUUUUUUGUGUGUAAUUAUUAUUGUUCUUUAUAGGACACCUGUGGCCCCUAUCACUAAUAACUGGCAACAUGCAAAAUAGAUGGUGUCCUAUAAGCAUUAAUCAAGAGGCAGACCAUAGGGUCAGACCUUCAUGUUCACCCAUCCACCCAUCAGACCUUGCUUACACCAUUAGAUAGAAAUACUUUGUGGUAUUUGGUUUAAACAGACAUUGCAGUUGGACGGUCAUUUCCAUUUGGGCUACAGGUCUUCUGAGAGACAAUGUUUGAAGUGCUAUUUAAGUUAUCUACAGCUGUUUGUGUUUGUUUACUUUGCUGUUUAUUUUUGUUAUCAUCUUUUUAAAGAAAGACAUCAUGGCUGUACAUGGAUCCUACAGGUUUGUGUGUCUCUGUCUCCCCUCUGAUGUAGAGCACACUGCUGGGAUUGCGCUGCAGAAAGUAAAACAUAGACCCAACUUUAAGAGAGCAAGGUCCAUGGAUCGUAUCAUGGUGUUUAAACUUGUGCUCUUCAUUAUUUGUAUUAACAGUAUACACAGUCUUGUUAGUUCAACUGGCAUAAAAACGGGCGAACACUUUCUUAUUUUUAAGUGAUCUUAUUUUAAGUGAUAUUAAAGCAGCACAACUGUGUUAACUGUAAUAAUUUGUAAAACUCAUCUGAUUCACCACAUGUAUAGGCUAUUCAAAAAAUCAAUUUUAGUCCCUUAUGGUUCAAUAUGUGAACUUAGUGCAAGUGGUAAAUCUGCUAGUACAAGAGCUCUUUGGCUUCGUUUUGCUUCAAAACAAAUCUUUGCUUCAAGAUUAGGAGACUUACCACAUACACCGAGUUAGCUUAGCAACCACCUACUUGGAAUGUCCAUGAAGAUUCCCUUUCAAAUAUCCCCAAGAACUGACACAGUGGAAAGAUGCCAAAGGUAGUAGACUUGUAACUCGAGGAAAUUCUUGUACGGUAAUACGUAUGGUGGUUUUUUUUUUUUGGUUUUUUUUUUUUUUGAGUGUCAGUAUGCCAGUAAGUUGGUUGUAGCCAACUGAUAAAUUUUUUUAUCUGAAGUUGAAGACACUUAUUUUUUGUCAGAUGUGGCAGUUGAGUGUGUUGAAACUGCAUUGUCAGAGAAAAAUGCCCUUUUCUUGUCCUGCCGUGGUAAAGGAUCCACAAAUUGGUCACCAACUCUCAUUCGUUAAAAUGAAAAGGAAAACAUCUAUGUGGAUGUCUUCGUAUGAAUUGUGCCAGUUAUGUUUUUGGUUUCACAAAUUGAAUUGCUGCUAAUAGGAUGUUCAUGGGUUGCCACUGAUCUGUUCUUUUUUCGUUGUGGUUUGUUUUAUUUGUAUAGAGCAUAAUAAACAAAUGAUUUAUAUGAA